AUGUUCAAAACCUUUGCAAUUGUUUCGGUGCUUACUUCUGCGGCCUUUGCCCAGUCUUCGUCAUCGUCAGCGGCAGCUGCGACGUCGACAGCGAACCCUUACAUCCCUACGGGAAUCAGCCAAAGCUGCACCACAUUCCUCAACGAGCUGAACACCGACUCCAGCCUGACCAGCUGCCUGUCAGCUCUCUCGACUGCGACCUCGCCGUUCGCCCCUGGCAGCACUGUGUCACCAACCGAGGGCACAGUGAAGACCGCGUUGCAGAGCCUGUGCUCCGACUCUAUUGACACUGUCUGCUCGGAGAACCUCAUCCGGUCGAAGAUCGCCUCCUUCUACACCGCGUGCGCACAGGAGUUGACGACGAACCAGGUGCCUGAUGUCAUCAGGACGUACGACGUUCUGUACACGCUCUCUCCCAUGCGCACCUCGGCGUGCUCCAAGAGCGAUGAUGGAUCGUGGUGUGUCAUGGCGAAGACGGUGUCCACCAGCGAAGUGAGCGAAGCCGUUUCGUCCUCCUCUACCCUCGGCCUCUCCCAGCUGCUCGCCCUCCUCUACACCAAUAACGGCAGUGCCCUCAAACGCCGCGCUCAGGUUUCCGCCAUUGUUCCCAACAUGACGACCUACCACGACUCAAACCUGCCAUUCCUCUUCUUCAACCCCACCCUCGAUGCUGAGGCGCUCUGCACCUCGUGCACGCGUUCGGUCCUCACCGCAUACAUCAACUUCGAGUCCAACAUCCCUUACGCCCCCGGACUCUCCAGCAGCCAGCUUUUGGACACUCAAUCUGCGCUGUACAACGCCAUCACCGAGAAGUGCCCUGCAAACUUCCUGAACAACGCCGUGCAGGCCGCCGGUGGUAUUUCCCAGGGUGGACUUUUCUCCGGUGCUGUUUCGACCCUCCCCGAGCACAGGAGCCUCAUUUCGCUGGCACUUGGCGCAGCGACUCUGGCAGCUUCGUUUGCGCUUUAA